AUGCAGAUAUUGGCCGACAGCUUCAAAAUUACCGACAUCGACAAGGAAGGCAAGCUAUACACAAAGGUCUCAAGACUCUACAUGCAAUCCCCCACAAUCUCCAUUGCCCUUGAUUACAACACCACCUUAUGCAAAUUUCAUGUUGGCCAUGCCGUCGAGGUACGCAUCUUCCGGGGAAUCCACGAGAACAUAGACUGCUUCUACCUAGCCUACGGAAGGGUUUACAGUGUUGAGCAUAGGGGCAGCAGGGUUUCCAUAACAGCAUCAUUCGGAGGUCUACUGUUGAUCAUGGAUGCACCUCAGGAAGCUGCCAAGGACAUAGGAGAUAAGGAUGACAUAUCCCUAGCACUUACCUUCAUAUUAUAA